AUGCGGCCUGGGCCCACGCUGCUGCUCCUGGCCCUGGCCCUGGGCCCCCUGCCCGCGCCCCGGCUGCGCCCUGUCCCGCCGCCCGGGACCCCGGCCCGUUUCCCCCUGGGGGCCGAGGGGGCCGCGCCGAGCCGCCAGGUGGGUGCCCGCGCCCCCGCCCCGCGCGCGCGCCCGGCCCGUGCGCCCCUGCGCGCGCCCCUGAUCCGUGCGCCCCUGAUCCGUGCGCCCCUGCGCGCGCGCCCGGCCCGCCAGGUCCUUCAGCCUUGCACCAUCCAGAACCUGAAGAUCACGUCGGACCGGGGCCUGUCCCCGCUGGUCCUGAACCGCAAGCUGACCGCGACCCUGGACGGGAACGUGCGCGUGGACUGCCCGCAGGCGCAGGACAGGCUGGAGAGGUGGCAGGUGCUGGCUCUGCGGUCCAUGGGCGACCCGCACCGCUGGCACAGGUCUCUGAAGCUCAACCUGGUGACGGGCAAGGAGCGCUGGGUCCUGCUCAUCCCCAGCAACUUCUUAGCUCCGGGCCUGUAUGCCUUCAACUUCUCCCUCAGCCUCCUCAGCGCCGGCCGGGAGUUGGCGAAGGCGUCCGACCGCUUCUACAUCACCUUCGUCAGAAGCCCCCUGAAGGCAGUCCUCCAGGGGCCCCCGAACCUCACCAUAAGCUUCGCCGACCCGCUGGUCCUGAACGGAUCGUCCUCCUCGGACCCGGAUGCCGACAAGAACCCCUUCGACGGGAUGCAGUUUGCGUGGUACUGCAGCACCGACGCUGCCCUCCUCCAGGACCCCCUGCAGCUCACAGGGAGGGACCACCUGUGUCUCCCAGAGCAGACAUCUCUGCUGUGGCCGGGCCCCCAGGGCUCAGUCCUGGCGCUCCCGCCCAGGACCCUCCGAGGCGGCGGCACGUACUUUUUCAAAAUGGUCAUCCAGAAGAGAAGCCGGAGUGCGUCUGCCGAGAAAACGGUCCAGGUGGAGCCCGGGCCCCCGCCGCCCACCAACAUCACGUGCCUGGGAAACUGCGGCCAAGUCCUGAUGGUCUCGGAAGCCUUCUCCCUGUGUGCCAACUGCACCCAGUGCACCCCCCGCGACGCGUACACGUGGUCCCUGGCGUCGGACGCCGGGCAGGAGCUUCCGUUCGACUGGGAGUCGCACACUACCACCGGGAGGGCGGGUGCCUGUGUGUCCCUGAAGGCCUUCGCGUUCCAGGGCCUCCCAGAAGCGGGCUACCGGGUGCGGGUGCACCUGAGCACGUGGGGCGGCAGGACCGUGAGCCUGGCGCACGCCUUCACCGUGAACCAGCCCCCCCAGGCCGGGAAGUGCCGCGUGCGGCCGGCCGAAGGCACCUCGCUGCUCACCCACUUUGUCGUCCAGUGCCGGGACUUCCGGGACAAGGACACCCCGCUGACCUAUAAGAUCAUCGUCUCCGACCUGCGCGGGUUCGGCACCAUCAGCUCCCUGGAGGAGAACACGCUGGGCGCCAUCCUGUACCUGGGGAACGCGUCGAGCGUGGCCACGUCCUUCCUGCCCCCCGGGGACCCCGCCAACCGCGACUCCCUGAAGCUGUACGCGCAGGUGUCGGACGCCCGCGGGGCCUUCUCGCAGGUGGCCUUCCGGGCCCGGGUGCACGCGCCCACCCGCGCCAUCUCGUCGGCGGCGCUGCUGGAGCAACUGGGCAACCUGACCACGGCGCCCGCCCGCAGCGCGGCGUCCGAGGUGAGCGACAGGGACGUCGAGGUGGCCGGCUACCUCUUCUACCUGGUGGCGGCCAUGCUCAAGGACGUGCAGCUGGGCCAGGAGCAGCAGUCCGAGCGCGAGAAGCUGUACGAGGAGCUCGUCUCCAAGGCCUCCCUGCUGCCCCUGGACACGGCGGAGCAGAUCGGCCAGGUGGUCAUGCUGCUCGCCAAGCUGACCGAGGUGGCCGAGGACCUGCCCCGGGCCAUCCAGAUCCAGGCCCUGGUGAGGAUCUGGCAGGCCAACGAGGCGCUGCAGAAGCACCGGGGGGACGAGCACUUCGACACGGAGCAGGUGGAGGCCGUGUGCACGGGCGUCCUCACCACCCUGUCCAACCUCCUGCACCACACCAGCCCCCACGAGGUGGCCGAGGAGCCGCUGUACGUGCUGCAGGGCCUGGUGGCCACCGUGCUGGCCGGGAAGGUCCCGAGCAACGAGACCACCACCCUGAGGAGCGCCAGCGUCAACAUCUACGUCCGGAAGACGCCCAGGUGGAACGCCAGUGUCCUCUGCGAGGAGGACCCGGCCGGCCCGGCCUGCUUCCAGCCCACGCUGACCCCAGCCAGCGUGGAGAGCCUGCCCGAGGGCUCGCCCGUCUCCAUCAUGUUCUGCAUGUUCGCCGCCGACCCCUUCCCCUGGCUCGCGGCCCCGGGGCCGAGCCCGGUCCGGGUGGCCGGCUUCCGCGUGACGGGGACGGCCCCGAACGGCGACACGGUGGACGUCGUCCCCGACGUGACGGACACGCUCCUGCUCCGGACCAACCUGAGCGACGGCCUCUUCCCCCUCACCGUGGGGCCCGACCACCGGUCGGAGGAAACCGGGGAGCCGGGGAGGGUCACCUCGGGGGCGUUCAGCUUCGAGCUGGGCGGCACGGCCCAGGAGGUGCUGGUCUACAUCCUGACGGAGGUGACGGUGCUGUUCACCGCCUCGCUCUACGCCGGCCGCACGGUCUCCGAGGCGGCCCUGGUCGCCACCUUCCUCGUGCCCCCCGACGGCCCCCCCGUGGCCAACCACAGCGACCGCUUCGACCCGGCCUGCCCAGUGGCCUCGGCCCACGUGCUCUGCCUGUCCCCGUCCCUGCUGCGGCUGGCGGCCGAGAGGAACCCCGAGGCACCGGCCUGGCUGGUGGUGCUGCUGCGGGCGCCACGCUUCGUCUCGGGCCCCACCGACCAGCUCGUGAACGUCUCCGUGCUGCGCCUGCAGUGCCUGGACAUGGCGGGCGACUACGGCGAGUGGCGGGAGCACACGUGCGGGCUGGGGGCACACACCACCUGGGCGCAGGUGCACUGCGUGUGCACGGCGCGCGCGGGCCACCUCCGCGCCCGGCGGCAGCUCCGCUUCUUCGGGGCCACCGGCGAGCAGCUCCGGACCCACUUCCUGAGCUCCCGCGUCCUGGUGGCCCCCAACUUCGUGGACCUCCGGCUCGAGGUCAUCAAGACCGUCCCCCAGAACCCCGUGACGCUCCUGACCGUCGUCCUCGUCAUGGGCCUCUACGUGGCCUUCGCCUUCUGGGCCCUGCACCGCGACGAGACUGACCAGUUCCUGCGGGACCACGUCAUCGUCCUGCCCGACAACGACCCCUACGACAACGUCUGCUACCUGCUCACCGUCUUCACGGGCAGCCGCUGGGGCGCCGGCACCCGGGCGGACGUCUUCGUCCAGCUGCGGGGCACGGAGGGGGCGAGCGACGCCCACUGCCUGAGCCACCCGCAGGUCAAGGCCCUCUACCGGGGCAGCAUCCACACCUUCCUGCUGACCACGCGCAGCGACCUGGGCGACCUGCGGUCCGUCCGCGUCUGGCACAACAACGAGGGCUGGGCGCCCGGCUGGUACCUGAGCCGACUCAAGGUCGAGAGCCUCUUCAGCCGGCACAUCUGGCUCUUCCUGUGCCGGACGUGGCUCUCGGUGGACACCUCCCUGGACGAGACCUUCUCCCCGAUGCCCGCCGACCGCAGGCUGGCCCCGGGCGACUACUUCCUCAUCGACUGCGUCCACAGCCUGGGCGCCGACCACGCCUGGUUCUCCGUCUUCUCCGGCGUGGUGGGCAACCGCUUCGACCGGCUGCAGCGGCUCUCCUGCUGCCUGGCCAUGCUGCUGGCCUCCCUCGUCACCAACAUCAUGUUCUUCUCCCUCGAGCCCGAGGACCACGAGGGGCCCGUGGCCUUCCAGUACGUGGAGACCAUGGUCAUCGGCUUACAGAGCUGCCUCAUCACCCUCCCCGUCCAGCUGGUCAUCGCCGCCCUGUUUGUCUAUUCCCAGAGGCGGCCGCAGGCCGAGCUGGAGGACGUGACCCCCCAGGCGGCCCCCAAGCCCAGCCCGGAGGCCGGCCACUGGGAGGAGCGCCUGCAGGUCUGGUACACCGAGGAGGCGGCCAAGGCUCAGAAGAAGUCGCUGCGGAAGCAGCACGCCCACGGCGCGCUGGGCAGGGCGAAGGCCAGGAGGACCCGCCUGCUCUUCCGGAUGCCCGAGUCCCAGAGCCCCACCCAGCCCCACAGGAACGCCAGCGCCACCAGCCUUCGGGACAUGCCCCACCGCCACAGCACGGAAUCCCUGCACCCGGACCCGGCGUCCCGCCAGGAGAAGCCCCCGAUCAUCCUGGGGUCCACGCGCCUGAAGUCGGCGGCCCCCCCGCAGAGGAAGCCCCACUUCGUCCUGCCCGGCUGGUGCGUCUUCCUCGCCUGGUUCCUGGUGUUCGCCGUCUCCAGCGUCUCCUCCGCCUUCAUCAUCUUCUACGGGCUGACGUACGGCUACGAGAAGUCCGUCGAGUGGCUCCUGGCCUCCUUCUGCGCUUUCUGCCAGUCCGUGCUGGUGGUGCAGCCCCUGAAGAUCAUCCUCGUCUCGGGCUACCGCACCAGCCAGCCCAAGUACGCCAAGAACCUCCCGUGGACCAGCAACUACCACUACAUGCAGAUCCAGCUGCGGCCCCGGGACCUGAGCCCCGAGGAGACCGAGGCGCUGCACCAGGACAUCGUCGCCCUCCGCCGCUCCCGCAUGUACCAGCCCCUCACCGAGGACGAGGUCCGGAUCUUCCAGAGGAAGCAGCGGGUGCGGAAGCGGGCGCUGCUCUUCCUGGGUUACGUGCUCACCCACGUGCUCUUCCUGGCGCUGCUCCUGGCCCUGGUGGCCGCGCUGGGCCACGCCGGCAGCUUCCACUACAGCCGCUUCCUCCGCGACUGCUUCUCCCCGGGCCUGGGCGCCGUCACCGAGCUGCAGGACGUCUACGAGUGGCUGGGCCGCGUGCCCGUGCCCCUGUUCCACAACGAACAGGACCCCACCUUCCUCCCCGACAGCUCCUCCAAGAUCCUCGGCCUCCCGCGGCUGCGACAGGUGCGGGCCGAGCCCGGCAAGAAGUUCUGCCUGCCCGCCCAGACGCUGGGCCCCGGCCGGAACCGGGGCCGGGUCCGCUGCCACCCCCCGGAGUCCGGGGCCGACCGCGAGGACACCAGGAACUACUCGAGCGCCUGGGGCGCCGUCGUCUCCACCCAGAGGGCCGACGGGUUCCUCUACCAGCCGCCGGAAGCGCAGGGGGCCUACGUGUCCUUCGGGGUCCUGGACGCCUACGGGUCCGGCGGCUACGCCUUCUACUUCUACCCCGAGGAGCAGCGUUUCAACUCCACGCUGAGGCUCGCGGACCUGCAGCGGGACCGCUGGCUGGACGGGCGCACGCGGGCCGUGGUCCUGGAGCUGACCACCUUCAGCCCCGACGCCGGGCUCCUUGGCAGCCUGUCCGUGCUGUUCGAGGUCUCGCCGCUGGGCGCGGUCAACGCCAGCCUCGCCCUGCACUCGUUCACGCUGGCCGACCUCGACCGGGAGACGUCGGCGGAGGCCUACCUGUACGCGGCCGUCCUCCUCUUCUUCGCGGCCUAUGCGCUGGACGAAGCCUACGUCAUGGGCCAGGAGGGCACCGCCUACCUGCGGAGCGUCUACAACUGGCUCAACCUGACCCUCAAGGGCCUCUUCGCUGUGGGCAUCGCGCUCUUCGCCUGGAAGCACGUUCUGGCCACGCGCCUGAUCCGCGCCCACGUGGCCCACCCGGCGGCCUUCGUGCCCUUCCACGCCGUGGCGCAGCUGGACGGCGCCGUGAGGGUCGUCCUGGGCUUCCUCAUCUUCCUGAGCGUCCUGAAGAGCCUGCGGUACUCGCGCGCCUUUUACGACGUCCGCCUGGCGCAGCGGGCCAUCCAGACGGCCGGGCCGGCCAUCGGCCACGUGGCCCUCAUCGUGGCCGUCUACUUACUCGUCUUCAUGGUCUUCGGCUACCUGGUGUUCGGCCAGCACGAGUGGAACUACAGCAGCCUGGCGCACGCCACGCAGACCGUCUGCUCCUACUGUGUCUCGGCCUUCCGCAGCACCGAGUUCUCGGGCGGCCGCGAUGGGGCCCUGGGCCUGCUCUUCCUCGCCUCCUUCCUGCUGGUGAUGGUCUGCGUGCUCGUCAAACUCUUCCAGGCCGUGAUCCUGUCGGCCUACGAGGGCCUGAAGCAGCCCGUGUACGAGGAGCCGUCGGACGAGGCGGAGGCCGUGACCUACCUGUGCCGGAAGCUCCGGGCCGCGCUGGCGUUCCUGCGGUGCCAGCCGGAGCCCCAGUACGAGCCGGAGCCCGAGUUCCUGGUGGGCAUGGUGUACGGGCAGCCGCUGAAGAAGGACCGCCGGUACCUGGGACUCAAGACGCGGAACAUCAGCGGGCGGAGAAUGGUCUACCUGGUGGUCUGA